ACCUGACUGACAGGCCGCUCGACCAAUCAGACGGCGCCAUGGAAGAAGGCGGUUGGCUCUGAUUCAGUGAAACCAGAAGGGGGCGAAGCUAACUGACAGGCGUUCCCAGCUACCCGAGUAGCUGCAAUUGGCAUCUAAACUGUAGACAUGUGUGGAAUCUUUGCCUAUCUUAACUACCAUGUGCCAAGGACUCGGCGCGAGAUCCUUGAGAUCCUCAUCAAAGGUCUGCAGCGCCUGGAGUACAGAGGCUACGACUCAGCCGGUGUGGGAAUUGAUGGCGGGAACGGCAAGGAUUGGGAGUCAAAUGCCAAGUCAAUCCAACUGAUCAAACAACGUGGAAAAGUGAAGGCUCUCGAUGAGGAGAUCAACAAACAGCAGGAUAUCGACCUGGAUGUGGAGUUUGAUGUUCACCUCGGCAUCGCUCACACCCGCUGGGCCACUCAUGGUGUUCCAAGCCCGGUUAACAGCCAUCCACACAGAUCUGACAAGACAAAUGAAUUCAUUGUCAUUCACAAUGGAAUCAUCACCAACUACAAAGACCUGAGGAAAUUCUUGGAAAGCAAAGGUUACGAGUUUGAGUCAGAGACUGACACAGAGACCAUCGCCAAACUGGUGAAAUACAUGUACGACAACCGGGAGAAUGAUGACAUUAGUUUCGCUACACUGGUGGAGCGGGUGACCCAGCAGCUGGAGGGAGCUUUUGCCCUGGUCUUCAAGAGCGUCCACUACCCCGGAGAGGCCGUUGGCACCAGGAGGGGAAGUCCUCUGCUGAUGGGAGUGCGGAGUGAUCACAAGCUGUCCACAGAUCAUAUUCCUGUCCUCUACCGCUCUUCUGGUAAAGAAAAGAAGUCCUGCAGUGCCCUGCCCAGGGCAGACCAGGACACUUGCCUGUUCCCCGUGGAUGAGAAGGCUGUGGAGUACUACUUUGCCUCUGAUGCAAGCGCGGUGAUCGAGCACACAAACCGUGUUAUCUUCCUGGAGGAUGAUGAUGUGGCUGCCGUGUCGGAAGGCCGGCUGUCCAUCCACAGGAUGAAGCGGAAGACCGGAGACUACCCAGCCCGUGCCAUCCAGACCCUGCAGAUGGAGCUACAGCAAAUCAUGAAGGGCAACUACAGCUCCUUUAUGCAGAAGGAGAUCUUUGAGCAACCAGAGUCUGUGGUCAAUACCAUGAGAGGAAGAGUCAACUUUGAAAACAACACAGUGAUUCUUGGUGGACUGAAGGACCACAUCAAAGAGAUCCAGAGGUGUCGGCGACUUAUUCUCAUUGCCUGCGGCACCAGCUACCAUGCUGGGGUGGCGACCCGCCAGGUCCUGGAGGAGCUGACCGAGCUGCCUGUCAUGGUGGAGCUGGCCAGCGACUUCCUGGACAGGAACACUCCUGUCUUCAGAGACGACGUCUGCUUCUUCAUCAGUCAGUCAGGGGAGACUGCUGACAGCCUCAUGGCCCUGCGCUACUGUAAGGAGAGGGGGGCUCUUACUGUGGGCAUCACCAACACAGUGGGCAGCUCCAUCUCCAGGGAGACCGACUGCGGAGUCCACAUCAAUGCCGGGCCUGAGGUCGGAGUAGCCAGUACCAAGGCAUACACCAGCCAGUUUGUGGCCCUGAUCAUGUUUGCACUUCUGAUGUGCGACGACAGGAUUUCCAUGCAGCCCAGGCGUCGUGAGAUAAUCCAGGGCCUGAGAGUGCUUCCAGAUCUGAUUAAGGAGGUCCUCAGUUUGGAUGAUGAGAUCCAGAAGCUGGCAACUGAGCUGUACCAGCAGAAGAGUGUGCUGAUCAUGGGCAGAGGCUACCACUAUGCUACAUGCUUAGAGGGAGCACUGAAAAUCAAGGAAAUCACGUACAUGCAUUCAGAGGGCAUCCUGGCUGGAGAACUAAAGCACGGCCCGCUGGCCCUGGUGGAUAAACUGAUGCCAGUAAUCAUGAUAAUCAUGAGAGACCACACCUACAACAAAUGUCAGAACGCCCUGCAGCAAGUUGUAGCCCGCCAGGGCCGCCCGAUCGUGAUCUGUGACAAAGACGAUUACGAGACUAUCAAGAACUCCAGCCGCAAUAUCAAAGUGCCUCACUGUGUGGACUGCCUGCAGGGCGUCCUGAGCGUCAUCCCACUGCAGCUGCUGUCCUUCCACCUGGCCGUCCUCCGAGGUUACGACGUGGACUGUCCAAGAAACCUGGCCAAGUCGGUGACAGUAGAGUGAACCACACCAUUCGUCACGUAACAACAAAAGCCUGGCAGACACACAUUGAAACAGACAGCGAGGGGGCAUCCGAACGCAAAAACCAAGAGAAGAUGUGUCCCCGUUUGUGUGUCUGUUUCUGGCUCUUUUUAAUGCAAUCUUUUACUCAACAGAUGUGUAUCUCACUGUUGCAUAUUAUCUGUAUCUCACUCUGUUUUUCUCAGAAACUUUUGGCAUCAUUAUCGUACUAUUGUAAGAGAUGUUGUUUGGUCCGUGGUGGCGAGGUCUGGGCUGGCACUGACAUGAUACUCAUUACUCUCAUGGUUUGUGACGCCGUAGCAACUGACAGUGACUGUUUGUUCACAUUCACACAAAAAAGCGUGUGUACAUUUGUGCUGAUUAGUCUCACAGGGAGCAUCUGGGGCUGAAAAGUGUUGAAGACAGAAGUUGGGAUUUAAAGACCUCACUGGCUCUCUUUUUUUUUUUCUUUUCUUCUGUGCAAUGAUUUGUAGUUUAGUUGGGAUAUUUUUCUUUGGCAGCUAAUCAUCUGAAGUGUCUUCACUCCGCAGUUGAAGUAAACGACAGUCUUAAUUCAUUCCAAGCCACAGGUCACCGCUUCGUAAUUGCAGUGCAGUUUGCCAAUUUUGGCUCAGUUUCUCUCUUGGACUUUCUUCUGAGGACACAUAACUUAGAUCACAGAAAAAGCUUGUGAAUACACUACUGUGUAAAAUCUUCUUGGGCGGGUCAUAAAAGCUUGUUCUGGUAUAUAAACUUAGUGUUUUAGAUUUCAGACUUGGUUAACGGGAAUGUGCCUCGUUUACUUUUUGUCUUGUUACCAUACGCUGCUUCUACUUAGCAUUUGCUUUUGAAUGUGUUUGUGCACAACUUAGUGUUUAAACUUGUGUUGCUUCUCUGCUCAAAAGAGAGACCUUACUGCUGAUUUCAGGUCUCCAGUUUACAUUUGAACUAGAAACUGAAGCAAUUCAAGUUGGAUGAAGUUACUGAACUGAAGUAGAUGUUAUACCCAGUGUCCAGCCCACGCCCUGCCACCAUGACUGCUGCAAUAUUGGGACCAUUUGAAGCUAAAUUUUCUUCCUUUUUUGAUUACAAUUGUUUUAUUUUCUUCCAGGAAAAAAGGAAUUUUCUUUUAUUGAAGUUACUUUUUGAUUUGAAAUGUGAAUGUUACUGUCAUUUGAAAUGUCCUGUCAAACCAAAAAUCUCUACAAUGGCUUUGGCAGUUGUAAACCAAAACAUAUAUAUAUUUUAUAUGUUCAUCCUGUAUUGUUUUUGUAGCCAAAUAUGUUCUGAUGCUGGUAGAUGCUGUGUGCUGUGAAGAUGCUUCAAGGCCUAAAGGGAGCAAAUAUAGACAGUACGUCAGACUUUAGAUGCUAGAGAAUCAGAUGCCAGCUGUGUGUGUGUGUGUCUGUGUAUGAUCCCAACAUGUCUGUUCAAAAGCCAGGGAGAGUGAUAUACACAUAUGGUCGUGUAGCGAAGAAGUAGGAGCUGCUAGGUUCUUUUAGGCUAUCACCGUUGAGGUUUUAAGAUAUCUAUCUUGCUUUUGCAAUCAAGCCUUAAAUUGAUUUUUGCUUUUUUUUAUUUUCCCCCAAAACAUUGAGCUUCUCCUGAGCCAGUGAAUGGGUUUGAAAACUGGACAGCAUUGUUACAGGUACUUUUGUAACCUAUACACACUAGAUUUUGAUUUCUUAUCUGAUUGACAGAGGAAGCUGCACUGAAUCUGAGCAACAUCUGUUGGGUUACUGAGGGAGUGGUGGCACUAUUUAUUAGUGGAACUGAUGCAAUAAAGUGUCAGGUAGUUCCCCUUUUA